UCGGGGUAGGAUCAGGGGUAGGAACUGGCCAGGAUCGGGAUGAGUUCAGACUGGGGUUGGGGUGAAGUGGGGCUAGAAGAGUAUAGGGGUAGUUGGGGUCGGAAUAGGGUCGGGAUGGGGUAGAGAUGGGAUCGGGCUGGGGUCGAGAUGGGGUUGGGGUGGGGUCGAUAUGGGAACGGGAUGGGAUCGAGAUGGGAUCAGGCUGGGGUCUGGAUGGGAUCCGUGUGGGGUCGAAAUACGGUCGAGGGGAAGUCGAGCUGGGAUCGGAAUGGAGUCGAGAGGGGAUCGAGAUGAGACUAGCGAGAUCGAGAUGGGGUCGGAAUAGGAUCACGAUGGGGUUAGAGUGGGAUCGAGAUGGGAUCGGGAUGGGGCCGAGAUGGAAUCGGGAUGGGGAUUGCUCUAAAGGGGGAAAGAUCGAUAGCGGAGGAGCAUUAGAUGGAGACAGUUGGGUUCGUGCCGGUUCUGUGCUCCCUCCACGAACCAAGUAUCAGCAACAGCAACUCAGCAGGCGGACGACUCCAGCGGCAUCGAGUACAACACUGACAGUACCGGUUACCACCGGAGUUCUUCCCGCAUGUCCGCUCCAAGGGGCCCUUGAACCGUUGGCUGACUACCUUGGGCGGCUACAGGUAUUCACGGAUGCCGUAGCUACCGCCAAGGCUCAGCAGGAGGCAGCAGAGGCAGAACGUCAGCAGCUGGCCAAUGAGGCGGCAGCCCAAGCUCAGCACACUGCUGAGGCUGACGCAGCGGCACAAGACAGACGGAAUGCCGCCAACACGGAGUCCCUGAUUCAAAAUGAGAAUCAGUGGACAACGUUACUCCAAGGGAUGUUCUUUGUGCCUACGGACGCGCAGGCGGAUCCGACACAGGCGGAGGCAGAGAGAAGUAACCUGGCUACCGUGAUGUUGAGCGUGAUGAGGGGAGUAAUGUGGAACAACAAACUGCUGCAGGCACACCUGUGCACGGAACGACAGCAAAGACAAAAGCACCAGCAAGACCCGACCGCUUUAACAGCUGCCGUCCGCGACGCGGCAAUACAGCAGCAGCAACAACAACAAUUGUUGAGCUCUACUCUCGCACGCAUCAACAGCAUCGAGGCUAAGGCCUCAGCAGCGCCAGGCUGCACGACAGACGCGACGAAGCAGCUCAACGAGCGCAUCGAUCACGUCGUCACCAUCAUUGGCGAACUAGGUGAUUUCACUAGUCGGGCCACGAUCAGCAGCACGGUGGUCGCCAUCAAGACGAGCAGCACCAAACUGCAGACAAGACCGAACGCCGCUACAAAGAAUUACAAGAUGCCGCACUUCGACAUCAGCAAGUUCGACGACUACAACAAGUCGGACGCCUUGACAUGGUGGCAAAGUUUCCUCACGGAAGCAUCAUGCCGCACUGUCCUGGCUGCCGACAUGAUGAAGGCACUCUACUUACAACUGAUUGGAGGAGCGCAGGCAUGGAUGAACCACCUGGCGGCCACCAAGAAAUGCACCAUCGCCGAAUUCCACACGCACAUCACGUGGAAGGAGUUCGAGCAGCUAUGGUUCACCCGGUUCAUGGUCCGCAACGUCGUGAAGGCGGCCAUGAACGAGGUGUACACCUGCUCUCAAAUUGAAAUCCAGCCUCAAGAUCGGUACAAGACCGCGUUCAAGACGCGGUACGGGCAUUUUGAGUGGGUUGUCAUGCCAUUUGGCCUCACCAAUGCCCCCGCGACUUUCCAAGCAGCUAUGACGAUUGAGUUUCACGACUUGCUCGAUCGCAGCGUCCUCAUCUACCUCGACGACAUCUUGGUUUAUAGCAGGACGUUGGACGAGCACAUCGUACACCUUCGCGCUGUUUUGGAUCGUUCGCGACUAGCCAAGUACAAAGCGAAUCUCGACAAGUGCGAGUUCGCCAAGCAGGAGCUUGAGUACUUGGGUCAUUUUGUCACGCCGAAAGGCAUUCGUCCCUUAGCGGACAAGAUCCAAGCCAUCGUGGAUUGGCCGGAACCCUGUUGCACGACGGAUGUACGCUCUUUCAUGGGUUUGGCUAGAUAUUAUCAGCGAUUUGUCGAGUCAUACUCGAAAGUGGCCGCUCCUUUGUCGAGACUUCAGUCCCCGAAGGAGGAGAAGGUGCUGGAAGAGGGUGAGGUAGCCGGGGCGGACCAAAAAGGGGAGAAGAGGACAACCGAAGACUGGGAGGACGUGGCCGCAGGAGGUGGAGAUGGCGGAGGAGCGCGAGAAGGAGGAGGUGUUGGAGGAGGAGCGUGGGAUCGCGGGGCAGAUCACGGAGGUGGAGCCGGUGGAGGAAGACGAGGAGGAGGAGGAGGUGGGGCARGAGGUGGCAGCAGGAGGAGGGUGUCGGCGAGGAGAAUAUCUGUAUCAGCUCGUUCAAGCAGCAGCCAUUCCGUGAGUCUGGUCUGCCCACCCUUGGAUGGAGAAGCUCAUCAUGAACAUGAGGAGGAUGAGAGUGAUGUGAUGGAAGUGCCGGCUAGUGAGCUAGACCAGCUGUCAAGAAGCGUUGCAUCUCUAGGAGCACCUUCACAAAAUGGAAAGAUCAACUUCUCAAACACUCAGCUGACCCUUAUCCAUAGAGAACAGAGGGUCAAAACUGGUGACUGUCAGAGUGAUGAUGCUGCGACUUCCUGUUCAGAGGAUCUGAUGGAUGCAGGUACCCUGUGUGGACACAGAAAGCACUCACAGCCACAUUCACAGAGGACCAGUGAGAUGACUGGUGCAUGUUGUUCACAGGAGCUGGAGUUGUCAGUUGGUGUCGGCAAAAGCCAGAACAAAUUGCAGACUGCCUGUGAAACAGAUUGCAGUCUUAGCUUCAGUGGCACAGAAAGUGGUGGUGAACACAGUCAUGGAAACUCGUGUAAGGAUGCAUGCGACAAAGUAGUGGCUGAGCCAAAUGCCGGUGAAGUAGAUGGCAUGCUGUUGGAGAGGAGUGGGAGAGAGGGUGGAGUAGCUGAGCCUGAUGAACAAGGCGCACCAUCAAGGCAACGAUCUGAAUGGUCCUCAAAACCCAAGAAAGGAACAAGAACGGGACCGCAACGAGAAGGGAGCGAUAGCGCGAUUGCACAGUUUAAUACAGUGGUGAGGGGUGCAAAGGGAGCAAGGCUUCAUGACGGCAAUGAUGCCUCCAUUUGUGCGAGGGUUUCCAGAGUGCCAAGAUUGGGAUGCAGUGAUGAGACUGGCAUUGCGAGGGUGAUAGCGUGUUCGAGGAGUAAUGCUGAAGUCAACAGUCCAGCAAGCCAGCUUCACGAAGAAUCUGUCAUUACUAAGAUGGUUGAACCAGAUGAGAAGGAGGAGGCAGAUUUGUCAGCGCCACCAGGAUUUCCGGAAUGCGUUUCAAUUGACCCAGUGGAAGCUGUGGCCACAGAAAACAUAAUAGCAGGCAAUGGUUUUGAGGUCAAAGAGGAGAACCAUGUGCAUGAGAAAGGGAAGACAGUCACCACUGUCUCUAGGGGUGGUGGUGUUCGGAAGCUGAACCCAGAGUCAUCAAAGGCUGGAAUGCAGCUUGUCCUCAACAGGACCGUGCAGCAACAACUAGCGGCCAGGCAUCAUGCUGAGCUCAGGGAGCAAGUUGAAGAACUUCGCAGACAGGUGAAUUAUUCAACUUUACAUGCCAUAUCCUUGUUCAACGAUUAGCCAAAAUCGCUCUGUGCUUGGUCCACCGUUAACCACAGUGUGCCUUGAAGAUUGAUGCUGCGUUUCAGGAUUUUCAGCUGUUGGACAUUACCCCUUUGACCAGGUAAUUUUGAAAUUCGAAUUGAAUUGCCGCAAUUUCAUCCCCUAUGAACGUCGUCAGCAGACUCUACAGGGUCCCAGCCAAAACGUCCCGAAAGAAAAAAAAAAAAACAAUUUAUUUUUUUUUCCCCAUUUUAGAAAUUUAAAACAUAGUGAAAUGAACCAAGUACUCGUCAAGCUCUCCAACUCGCAUACAUCAAUGAACAUUCAUAUGAGAG